UGAUACCAGACAGCACCACGACUCCGGCCAUCCUUCUGUCUCUGCUCUCUCUGGGCGCACAAGCUCUCUUCGAGGAAAGGACAGCCGUCUCUCUUCACGACGCCAGUGUCGCCGCGCUCUCGGGCGAGCUUCAUCAAUCUGAACGUUGGACUACGACCUCGAUUCCGAAUGAUAGCGCGAGAGGAUCACAGAAAUCCAUCUGAUCUACUGCGCGCUCUACUGCUCGUUAAUGAAUUUAUACAAUUGCAACAAGGCGAGAAUCUUGUGCAAGAUACGAACGCGGUCCGAGCUCAUACUUUAUCACACUUGUCAAGGUCUACAAUUAUGCUCGGUAGGACCACCCAGACUUAUGGUAGUACCAUCUGCGAUGUGGAAGCCACGAGUUGUGGUGCAGAACGCCAGAUAAAAACAUACGUGUUUUGCAUGCUCUGUCUGCAAACGCUUCUCGUUGGCACUGAAGUGACUGUCGCGGUCGAUAGCAGCCAAGUAUUGCUCGCGCGUUGCGUCUCCAACUGUACAUGGUCACGAUUCAGUGAUGACGCGGAUGAAACACGCUGCCGUUGUCCCGAAGUACCAACUCUAUAUGAAGCGCUUCGGAUUCUGGGAAACAGCACGACUUCUCCAAAUGACCUGCCCUGGUUAAGAAACGCGACAAAUAUCUAUAUCAUCGUCAUUCACAUAUUAUAUUCCAGUCACAUGCUAACACAACUGCGACAAUCAAUGGUGUUGGACCCACGAAUCGUGCUGCAAGAUACUACAAAACCGUUUAUAGCUGCUGUCAACCAAUGCAGCCUAGCUCUUCAGGAUCUUCGAGUCGUGUCAGACCGGGAUUGUGUCAAGACGGCUUCUCUCAGUAACGUCGACGCUCUCGUGAGUCUAGUACGGCUGCGGCAGGUCUUUGAUCUUGACAUUCUGUCUAUAUUGCGUUUAAAAGAUCCCCUACAGUCCGCUGAAUUAGCCUUAUCCUUUCCCGGACCACAGCGAAGUCUUCAGCUAAUCCCUACCCUGGAGCGUUGCGCCACAAUCAUGGAGACACCUGCCAAAAUGGGCAUCAUGCUCUAUGCCCGGACUCAAUUAAACCUUUGGUCCCUGGAACAGACACUGGCAACCUUUGAGUGCACUCUUUUUUUGUCCAAAUGGUUGGAAAUAUUCUCCUUGUCUCUGGAUGAAAGUCCUGCAACACGUGAGUUCCCGCAAUGUUUGGUUUGGUUACCAAGAGCAGGUUGAGCGGCCACGUACUCAAGUUUUACAUUAUAUGCUGACUUAGCCGUAUAUAUAGCAUUGGAGGCAAGGAUCUAUGAGCAGGUUUACAAACAAAUUCAGCUUGUAAACUUGGAUGUGGAAGAUCUGACUGACGGCCGCCUCACAAAGGCAUCCACGGCUUUGCUCUCGGCGACAGUUGUGCAGGUGUUGGAGCAGAUGUUCGGCUACCAUACCAACAAGCCGCUGACGCAAAAGCUAUCACGGAUACUCGAUCGAUACAU